CUGUUAACCGUUUUGUUUUUCAACUACAGACAUUAUACAACGUGGACUACCGGUCGUCAUGUUACCGUGUCAAAAGGAAUAUUAAAAAGUAUCCAUUACCAACGAGAAUAAUGAUGACAAACGACCCUACAAGUGAUUCGUCCGAACUGCGGAAUAUUGUAUAAUAUUCCAAUGAGAGACUCUCGUCACAUUGGAAUUAAGGCUGGAGCUUGUUACGACAUCCGAUGACAGCUCGAAAUGACACCUUUUGUGCACUGUGAUUGAAUGAACAUCAUAAUGCAUUGCAUUGUUCACAUGGAAUUGUGCCUUUUUGUCGACUGUAUUUUUCUUCUUCUCUGCCAAGUUCCGCCGAUGAAAGCUCAAAGUCCGAGGGAAGGUUCAGUAAGGCUAAGGCGAGGUAUCAACAGUCAGAGCGGCUACGUGGAGAUCUUUCAUAGCGGUCAGUGGGGAAGGGUGUGUGACACGGCCUGGGACCACAACGACGCCCACGUAGUUUGCAAGCAACAAGGUUAUAAUGGGGCGAAAUUCCCUGCCACGGACUUCACGGAGCUGCCUAACCCCGGGCUUCCAUUAGUCCUUGACAACUUGCAGUGCACCGGACGAGAGACAGCAUUGGCUGACUGCAAUAAGGGAGAGUGGGGCCCGGUGGAGAAUGGGUGCCAGACUGCUAGAGUAGAAUGUAUGUCUUAUGCGGCUCAGUACAUCGGUUGUUUUGCAGACGACACCGACCGUCUGCUGUCGGACUAUUCCCGGCUGUGCGCGCAAGGCAAGCACGAUCCCCGCUGCGCUGGCUGUGACCACACCAACACAGCAUGCGACAGCUCCAUCAUGACCGUUGAGAUCUGCAUCGAGAUUUGCUGCACGGAUAACGACUUUGUCUAUGCGGGGGUAGAGGCUGGAGAUGAGUGCUACUGCGGAGACGCUGCUGCCGACUACAACAGGAUCGGACGGCUGCCGGAGGUCCUGUGCAAUACGCAGUGCUCCGGAAAUCCGGAGCAGUCGUGUGGGUCGGAUUACAAGAUAGACGUCUACGACUGUAGCUCUGGUUGCGAGGCCCCAACUGUGGACAAACCCAACCUUAAAACUUUCCCAACAAUGUUGCAAACCACACUAUACAAGACUGGGGAAAUGCUGACCUUCUACUGCACGCCCGGAUAUCAGCUAAGUGGGAAUGCAACCAUCUCAUGCCAACCCGGGGGGCCAUGGAGCGCCCCCGUACCUGAUUGUGUGGAAACAACGUCAACGGAAAUACCAGCCGUUAGCGAUCCUUGUUCAUAUCCGACGACCACGCCGCAAAAUGGUCAGUACCUACCCGAAGAAGUGGAGUAUCAGCCUGGUUCUACCGUCCAACUCUCCUGCAACAGCGGUUAUCUAACUGCGGGUAAUCCCACACUGACCUGCCAAAGCGAUGGGACUUGGACAACUGAAAAUCAUGCAUGCCCAGCCGUUGACUGUGGUCCCUUACCAGCGUUCCAACAUGCCAUCCCUUCCACUUCAUUGACGACAUACGAAACCACGGUGACGUUCACCUGCGAGGCUGGGUACCAGUUGUCUGGUGAUGUCACCGGCAAGACGUGUGACGCUUCAGGUGGUUGGGCCGGCGAAGACCCGCAGUGCGCAGGUGGAUCUACGUGUGGUUCGCCGCCGUUCCCUUCACGCGGUCUGCUCAUACCGUUCAAGCCCUUGUAUCAGCCCGAUGAAACCGUCAAGUUCUCCUGCUUUGCCGGCUUUGAAGUAGAUGGCGCUACUAAUGCUACUUGUCGGAAUGAUGGCACGUGGAGCGACAGUGUACCAACAUGUCAAAUGAUAGACUGCGGUCCCCUACCCGUGUACCAGUUUGUAACACCCGUUACCACAGCAACAGUAUUUGCAACCUCCGUGACCUUCCGAUGUGACGACAACUACCACUUCGCGAACGGUGCAACGCCAUUCAAGACGUGUGACGCAGACGGCCAGUGGGUAGGCAUCGAUCCCGUUUGUGAAUUAACUACGUGCCCGCCCCUGGCAAAAUAUUCCAAAGCUAUUCAGAGCACCGAUGUAACGGUUGUUAAUACCGUGGUGACGUUUACCUGCGAAACUGGAAACGAACUGCAGGACUCAGAGCCUAUUCCCACUAAAACGUGCACCAGCGAAGGAGUGUGGGAAGGUCCGGAUCCAGUCUGUCGAAUGAUAGACUGCGGUCCCCUCCCCGUGUACCCGUUCGUAACGCCCGUUACUACACAAACGGUAUUUGAAACCUCGGUGACCUUCCAAUGUGACGACAACUACCAGUUCGCGAACGGUGCAACGCCAUUCAAGACGUGUGACGCAGACGGCCAGUGGGUAGGCACCGAUCCCGUUUGUGAAUUAUCUACGUGCCCGCCCCUGGCAAAAUAUUCCAAAGCUAUUCAGAGCACCGAUGUAACGGUUGUUAAUACCGUGGUGACGUUUACCUGCGAAACUGGAAACGAACUGCAGGACUCAGAGCCUAUUCCCACUAAAACGUGCACCAGCGAAGGAGUGUGGGAAGGUCCGGAUCCAGUCUGUCGACUGGUAAACUGUGGGCCGCUAGAUGAAGCGCCGCCUGGUGUCGUCGUCAACGCAACGGAUUACACAUUUAACAGUGCUGUGACGUACUCGUGUAACAACUCGGACCAAAUUAUCCUGGGGAACGCCACACUUUAUUGCCUUAGCAACGGGAAUUGGUCGUCUGACUUGCCAACUUGUGCAAAUGGAACCAUUUUUACAACGGCUGGCGUUUCAAAGGGUGCAGAAAGCAAUCCCGGCACAACUAUUCCAUUUUUCAUCUGGAUAGUUCUACUUCUUCUCGUCGUUUGUUUGAUUCUUCUCAUAGCUUCAUACAUCGUCUACAGAGUGCACACAAGAUCGUACAAGAAGUACAAAAAAGAGAAUUCGGACAACGGUUUGCCCAGCCGAGGUACUCAAGGCGUACCACUGCACGGGAUCGCGAUUAGCGAUCCACAUCAUCUCGUUCAUGACAACUACGCGAUGAGCCAAGAUGAGGAAGGCGAUACUGGUGUUGCAUCCAACGAGUCCGACCUGCAAGACGUUUCGCUGGGAUCGGAGUCGAAUUAUCGGUAUCUGGGCAAUGCAUAUGCGGAGUCCCUACACAGCGGGUCCGUGCAGCCGAGCGGCACUAACGACUCCGGAAUGUACCCGUCGGAUCCCGAGAGCAACUCGUUGGGUACGGACGUUGCUGGAGGCGCAGGAGCUGCGCACGGGGAACAAGCAGGGGAUGAUCGUGACGGCGAUAAGCACGAAGUUGCAGAAAAGAAGGAUAAGGACUUUAUUGACGAUAUGCUGGAUUCGGCAAAGGAAAAACUUGACAAUUGUGUAGUCCAAUAAGCAGAAUCUCCUGCCCUUUUAAAGUAUUUGUUAUUGAUAUCUGAAGCUAUAAUUGCCGGUUAAGAUUAAUUAAGGUAUCCCGAACACAAUUUGUACAUAUUUGGAUGUAUCUUUCGUUACAUGGUACACAGAGAUAAAAAAGUGGUUUGAUGUUCUUUUUAUUCCUCCUGCGAAUUAUGUAUUCAAUAAUUUGGACUGUUAAAAUGAACUUGGCUUUGCAUAAUAAUUUUACUGCUUACAAUAUCGAUUAAUAAUUUUGUUAGGCGUUGGGCUAUGAGCCAAACACCUUUUGUUAUUCUACGAAUUUACUAUAUCAUUUUUCUCUGCAAAUUCGUUUCAAGAGCUGUUUAUCAGCAUGAAAACUGAUAUCAACUUCAAUUUGCAUGUAUGCACAACCAACUGAAGAUAAAUACAAAUGCAAUGACGUCAUCAUGUAUACAAUUUUGGGCUGAUUUCUUGAGCACUUACCAUUCUUAUUUUUGAUUUCGGUUGAACAAUGUUGACAGUAGUAAUUUCUUGGAAAACGCUCCAAGGCCCCCCAGACUGUUCUACCAAGUCUUUUCUUAUUAAGAAAUUAAGGUGUGAAAU